GCAAAUGUCAAAACAUCAUGUGGACAUUGUGGUGAGACCUCGUGUUUAUUUUCAAAAUAAACCUUAAGUUAAUUUAAAUUCCUUAAUAUAUGAUUGUGAAUAUUACUCAAUCUAUCGCAAAACCAUGGCACGUGCUAAGAUGGAGAAAAUGCUGGGCAGUUUUAGCGUUCUCACCGAGAAACCGGUGAAGUAUCUAACCGUUCAGAACGAUCUGAAGGAAGAUAUUAAAAACUUGGUCAAAAGUUUGUAUGAUUACACAAAAACGCAGGAGCAACGUGGUAUGUCGAAAACAGAUCAGGCUUUACAUAAAAUCAUCGUGAGUGACUUCGAUGAAGAGCAGAUAUGGCAGCAGAUUGAAUUGCAAAAUUCCCAGCGUUGGGAUGAAUUUGUGUGGGAUGUGGCUAACUGUAUGUCCGAUAAAAACGAUCUAUCGUUCUCUGUUAUGUUUCCUGAAGAAAUUAACACUGAAGAGUCAGAAGUAGAUGAAAUUAUUGAAUCUGAUAUCGAGAAAAAUCUAUCUGAUACUGAAAAUGUAUCACAUAAAGAAGUAAGUGCUACAAAGGGUAGAAAAAAAGUUCAUCAUAGUAUGAUGUCUAAGCCUAAAGGUAAACCCUCUAUAGUUGAUGAUCAGUUCUUUAAAUUGCAAGACAUGGAGACAUUUUUGCUUAGUGAAGAAAAGAUGGAAGGUAAGAAAAAACAUGUUGAUAGUGAAGAUGAAGAAUCGUUAGAUAUGUUUGAAGACAUAGACAGUGAUGGUACGGAGGAGGAUGGAGGUAAGGAGAUGAUGUACACAGAUUUCUUUAAUGAAAAUGAGGAUGGAGGGAGUGAAAAUGAUAACAGAGAUAGUGAAAAUGAUGAUACUCCAAGUGACAAUAAUGAUGUAAAUUUGGACAUGGAAGUAGAUAAUACAAAAAAAGGAAAAAGGGUCCGAUUUGCACAACCGGAGUCGGACAAUAUGCAAUUACAGAACAAUAGUGGAGUUGCUGAUAAAAAUGUCAAAGGAAAUUUGGAGAAGGAUGAAAAAAAGUCAGAAUUUGAGUUAAGACAACAGAGGUUAAAACAACAGAUAUCAAAACUAGAGGAGAAAACAUUAACUGAAGCUCCAUGGCAGUUAAAAGGUGAAAUUGAUGCAUUGAAACGGCCACAGAAUUCUUUACUAGAAGAAGUACUAGACUUUGAUUUAACAACACGACCUCCACCUAUUAUAACAGAACAAACCACCGUUACAUUAGAAGGAUUAAUCAGACAACGAAUCAAAGACAAAGCUUGGGACGAUGUUGUUAAAAAACAAAAGCCGGUGGACGACCAACUGAUGUUUAAAAAACCUGAAGUCCUCGACCAAUCGAAAAGUAAACUAAGCUUAGCACAAGUAUACGAAAGAGAGUAUUUAAAGCAGAAACAAGCAGCUUCUGGGCAGACUGAAGAGGAAAAUGAACCAGAGAGUCACAAAGAAAUUCGUGAAACUAUGACUAAACUCUUUUCGAAAUUGGAUGCGUUGUGUCAUUAUCAUUAUACGCCAAAAGCAGCUCAAGCUGAAGUGAAAAUCGUUAGUAAUACACCAGCAAUUUCAAUGGAGGAAGUUGCACCAGUUGCCACUAGUGACGCAGCAUUAUUGGCCCCAGAGGAAGUCAAGAGGAAAAGAAAAGGUGAUCUGAUGAGCAAAGAAGAAAGGAGUCAAACUGAUAGAAACAGGGAAAGGAGGAAAAAGAAGAAGUUGCAGCGGAAAAAGGGCAACGUUGCCAAGGUCACUGAGCACAGGAACACGAGCAAGGCUGUGGUGGCUAACGACAAAUCCCUGAAGACCUCGAAAGCCUUCUUCCAACAGCUGAACGAUAAUACUACUAGCUUAAUUAAAACGUCCAAGAAGAAUAUUGUUAAGAAUAAAGGUCAAUAAAUGGUUUUUUUUGUGU